AUGUCACUUGAGGAGGUUGAGCCUAAUUUUUUUAUCCUUUCGCCGGAUUCACCCUUGCGAGAGACGAUACAAAGGGCGUACCGUUGGUACUCCCCCAGGUUUUCACCAUGCGAUGUUCCACGUUUUGCCGAUGUGGGGAGCAUUACAGAAGAGUGGAGUGUAAUGCGUGGAAUACGCGAUUUUCUUGUGGCUCGUUACAGGAACCUUCCCGAACCCCCGACUCACAUAAUGGGUUUUGAUGCACGUGGGUUUCUUCUUGGACCCAUGAUAUCCGUGGAACUUGGAGUACCGUUUGUGCUCAUGCGGAAGGCGGGGAAGAAUCCCGGCAUCCUCAUUGAAAGUGAACCAUAUCAGAAGGAAUACAAGGAGAAAAGGGCUGAGGCCAUGACCAUACGUUGCGGUAGCAUUGGUAAAGGUUCACGUGUUGUCCUUGUAGAUGAUGUUUUGGCUACUGGAGGAACGGCUUUGUCAGGUUUGCAGCUUGUUGAAGCGAGCGGUGCCACAACUAUUGAAUUUGUUGCUAUUCUUGGAAUAAAAUCCCUGAAGGGAGCCCAGCUUUCACACUCAUAUGGCAAUGGUCGCUUCAGCAAGAUUCCGUUCUUUGCACUUGUGGACGAAAGUGUACUAACGGAGGCGAAUUGUGGCGAUACGGCCGGAUACAAUGGUCCUCGGAUCAUUGGCUAUCGCGAGGCAUUGAGCAGGAUUUAG